GCGGGGCCGGAACUGGCCGAGGGUCCCCGGCUUUGUGCGUGUAGGGGGCGGAGUUUGAAGAAGGCCCUUACAGCAUGGCCGCCGGUACUGCAGCUGCCUUAGCGUUUUUGAGUCAGGAGAGCCGAACGCGGGCCGGGGGUUUCGGGGGCCUACGGGUCCCGGCCCCGGUCACUAUGGACAGUUUUUUCUUCGGCUGUGAGCUCUCCGGCCACACCCGCUCCUUCACCUUUAAGGUAGAGGAAGAGGAUGAUGCGGAGCACGUGCUGGCACUAACCAUGCUCUGCCUCACCGAGGGAGCCAAAGACGAGUGUAAUGUGGUAGAAGUUGUGGCCCGGAACCAUGACCAUCAGGAGAUCGCAGUCCCUGUGGCCAACCUCAAGCUGUCCUGCCAACCCAUGCUCAGUCUGGAUGACUUCCAGCUCCAACCACCUGUAACCUUCCGCCUGAAGUCGGGCUCUGGCCCUGUGCGGAUCACUGGGCGGCACCAGAUUGUUACGAUGAGCAAUGAUGUUUCUGAGGAGGAGAGCGAGGAAGAGGAAGAGGACAGUGAUGAGGAAGAAGUUGAGCUGUGCCCCAUCCUUCCUGCCAAAAAGCAGGGGGGCAGGCCCUAGCCCUCCUUGGUCAGCUCCAUGCGCCAUGCACCGCCAUGCACCCUGUUCCCUGACAAGUUUCAACAAUUGUAAAUAUUUCUUCCUUGAAGAGGAGAGCUUGGGUGGGGUUGGGUGGGAGGGACUUGGGUCUUUGGUGCUAGGAGAGGGCCUGUGCUCCACACAGCCCUGGUUUUCUGAUUUGGCACCAUGCCCGGGGCCUCCCUUCCCACCUGCCUGUGAGAAUUGGAGGUUAGUGCCUGAAGCUCAGAACUACACAUUUUUAAUAGUUUUUACAUUUUGGAUAAAGGUUGAAAUAAAGUGGUGUGGAGUUUUUGCA